CGUGCGCCGCGGCGGCUUCCUGCGGGAGCGGCUUCCCUGGGAAGCAGGAUCUCACACUAUGGAGUUGUUUCUUGGUUGCUACCAAAUGUGUCUUCUGGAAACAGAAGACCUGUAGGUCCUGGAGAGGUGUUCUUGAUCAGCUGGGAUCUGAGGUGACCUGGUGUGGACGUGGCUCUUCCUGCAGACCCAUGGCGAACCGGCUGCGGAUACAGCUCCUGACGUGGGAUGUAAAGGACACACUGCUCAGGCUCCGCCGCCCUGUUGGCGAGGAAUAUGCUGCCAAGGCCCGUGCCCACGGGCUGGAGGUGGAGGCCGAGGCCCUGGGACAAGCCUUCCGGCAGGCAUACAAAACUCAAAGCCACGGCUUCCCCAACUAUGGCCUGAGCCAGGGCCUAACCUCCCGCCACUGGUGGCUAGAUGUGGUCAUGCAGACCUUCCGCCUGGCGGGUGUUCGGGAUGCCCAGGCUGUGACCCCCAUUGCUGAGCAGCUGUACCAGGACUUCAGCAGCCCCUGCACCUGGCAGGUGUUGGAGGGGGCUGAGGCCACCCUGAGAGGGUGCCGCAAGCUGGGACUGAAGCUGGCAGUGGUCUCCAACUUUGACCGGCGCCUGGAGGACAUCCUGGUGGGUCUUGGCCUGCGGGAGCACUUUGACUUUGUGUUGACCUCUGAGGCUGCUGGCUGCCCCAAACCAGACCCCCGCAUUUUCCACAAGGCUUUGCAGCUUGCACAUGUAGAACCCGAGGUGGCAGCCCAUAUUGGUGAUAACUACCGCUGUGAUUACCAGGGGGCCCGCGCGGUAGGCAUGCACAGCUUCCUGGUGAUUGGUCCAGGGCCUUUGGACUCUGUAGUCAAGGAUUCUGUACCCCAAGAACAUAUCCUCCCUUCAUUGCCCCAUCUCUUGCCUGCCCUUGACCACCUGGCGGGCUCACCCCUCAGGAUUUGAGUCCAGAGAGAGAAGUAGCUGGACCCAGCAAAUGUUGGAGGCAAGGAACCCCUUCCUUCCUGAGACUUGGCCUUUGCCCCUCCCACUGUGGCCUCUACAACACUGACUAUAAAGCAGUGAGUGUGGGGCUUUCCGCCCUGCCUCCACUAACCAGCUCUUGGUCUCUUAGUUGGCUCAUUCACCACACCUGUCCCUUUUCUACCCCGUGUUCCCCUCACCUCCAAGAGUCACCAACGGCCCAAGUAGCAUCAAACCCAGGCACUUACAACCUUUAUUUUUGCAGCAGGGCCUUUGUCAUGGGGGACCCCAUGUGCCAAACGGGAGCAGCUUCCUGUGAAGCAGGUGGGUCAGGGCUAGGGUUGAAACAGAGCCCUAGGGUACCUCAUUGUGGCCCUGGGGGCUCAAAGGUGCUUAGUUUGAAAAUCAGGGUGCUAAGUUGUACUGCAGUGACAUUCCUCUAGGACCACAUAGUUUAAAGAUUUUAGACGAGACACCUCAUUUAUAGUAAUAAGAAAUUUGACUUGCCUCCCCGGUGGCGCAGCGGUUGAGCGUUGGGUUUCAAAGCUGCCCGCAGCCUCUGCAGCGCCGGUUCGAUCCCCGGCUGCUCCCCGGCCACCAGAGGAGGGUCCCACAUGGCGCGCAGACCUCCCCUGCCGCCCGCUGCUCCCUUCAGCAGUGUACUUCGGUCCUUCUGCCUGCUCUG